AUGUUCUGGCGAAGGCGAAACACAGCGGAUCAAUCCCCUCGAACAAUAUAUUUAAACGAACCCGCACGAAACGGAGAGCAAAAGUUUAUCGGCAAUCGUGUAUCCACGGCCAAAUACAACCUAGUCACCUUUCUAUUCAUCUUCCUCUACGUCGAAUUCAGUAAAGCCGCCAACAUCUUUUUCUUAUUCAUUUCAUGUAUUCAGCAAAUCCCCGACGUAUCACCCACCUCUCGAUAUACCACGCUCGUACCACUCAUCAUCGUUUUGCUCAUCACUGCGGUCAAGGAGAUCAUCGAAGAUUAUGGUGUUCAUAAAUCAGAUCGCGAACUGAACGCUCGUAAAUGUAAAAUCCUGGAAGGAUCACAAUUUGUAGACAAGCGCUGGCGAGACGUCAAAGUGGGAGACAUCUGUCGGAUCGAAAGUUCAGAGUUCUUUCCGGCCGACUUGGUUAUUCUGAGCAGUUCGGAGCCAGAAGGUCUCUGCUAUAUCGAGACAAGUAAUUUGGAUGGUGAAGUGAACUUGAAAAUUAAGCAAGCCUUACCAGAAACUGCCAAAUUUAUUUCACCAGCCGACGUAGCUCGGAUCCAGGGCUACAUCACAUCCGAACAGCCAAACAACAGAUUAUACAAUUAUGACGGUACACUUACAUUGCAAACCGACGGAAGGAGUCAGGAUUAUCCGUUGGAUCCGAACAAGGUGCUUUUACGCGGUGCUCAAUUACGGAAUACGAGCUGGGUCUAUGCCAUUGUUGUGUUUACGGGUCAUGAAACCAAGCUCAUGCUCAACUCCAGUAAAAAGCCUACGAAAGCCUCUAAUGUAACACACAUCACGAACCGCAAUAUUUGGUAUUUGUUUACGAUGCUUGUUAUUAUGAGUAUCAUGUGUUCGGUCGGAUACCUUGCUUUAUCGAUGCGAGAUUUCGAUCAACUUGGAUAUCUUGCGCUCUCCGCUUCAGAACGUGGCCGUGAAUUUGGCUUUAAUAUCUUGACGUUCAUGAUCUUGUUCAACAGUUUUAUUCCAAUUAGUUUAAUGGUUACCAUGGAAAUCGUCAAGGUUGUCCAGGCAACACUCAUCGGAAAUGACCUUGAUAUCUACUAUGACAAAACCGACAUGCCAGCAGUUGCAAGGAGCAGUGGCUUGAUUGAGGAACUGGGACAGGUAGAAUAUGUGUUUUCCGACAAGACAGGAACGUUGACAUGUAACCAAAUGGAGUUUCGUGAAUGCUCCAUUGCUGGAUUGUCCUACGCGACCAAAGCCGAUCCUGAUCGACAGCCAAAGUCCGACAAUGACAGCGCUGGCCAAUACUCAUUCCGACAGCUCGAAAGCCAUCUCACGACAUCAAUGCAUGCGAACGUGAUCCACGAAUUUCUUUCUGCGUUAAUGACGUGUCAAACAGUGAUACCAGAAACAAGUGAGGAAACAGGCGAGAUUGUCUACCAAGCAUCAUCUCCAGAUGAAGGAGCACUCGUGACGGGCGCGCGCGAUGUUUUUAAAUACAACUUUUAUGCACGACGACCACAUUCGAUCAACUGCAAAAUCAACGAGCAAGACGUCGAAUACCAGAUUUUAAACGUGUGUGAAUUCAACUCGACGCGAAAGCGCAUGUCAGUAAUUAUCCGCGAACCCAAUGGUAAAGUUAAACUCUAUUGCAAGGGAGCAGAUACGGUGAUUUUAGAACGUCUGGGAAAGAACAACACCUUUGUCGACGCCACACUGCAUCAUCUCGAGGAAUUUGCUUCAGAGGGUCUCCGUACACUCUGUUACGCCAUGAGGGAAAUUCCAGAGGAAGAGUAUGCGCGCUGGGUGCAGAUUUACGAUAAAGCAGCAACAACGUUGACGAAUCGUGCAGAGGAACUCGACAAGGCAGCAGAGGUGAUCGAAAAGGACAUGUUCUUGCUCGGUGCUACGGCUAUUGAGGACAAGCUGCAGGAUGGCGUACCCGACACGAUCCACACGCUGCAUGAAGCCAACAUCAAAGUUUGGGUGCUUACGGGUGAUCGACAGGAGACGGCCAUCAACAUCGGCUACAGCUGUAAACUUUUGACAGAGGAGAUGGAUUUGAUCAUAUGUAACGCUGAAAACCAUGAAGCUACCCGAGAGUUUUUGGAGAAGAAACUUGCGGAUGCCCAAACGCAAGAAUCUUCAGGAAGCACUGAGCCUCUUGCUCUUGUCAUUGAAGGAAAAUCACUGACAUUUGCACUAGAAAAGGACCUUGAAAAGACAUUUUACGAACUAGCAAUCAAAUGCAAGGCCGUAGUAUGCUGUCGUGUAUCCCCACUUCAAAAGGCUCUGGUCGUCAAGUUGGUAAAAAAGUUUUCGAAAUCGAUCUUGCUUGCAAUUGGCGACGGCGCAAACGACGUUUCCAUGAUUCAAGCAGCACACGUUGGUGUGGGCAUCAGUGGCGUCGAAGGUUUACAGGCAGCGCGAAGUGCAGAUUUCAGUAUCGCCCAAUUUCGCUUUUUGCGCAAGUUACUGCUGGUUCACGGAUCUUGGGCUUACCAGCGUCUGAGCAAGAUGAUCUUUUACUACUUUUACAAAAAUGUCGCAUUGUAUCUCACACAAUUUUGGUAUACCAUAUUCAACGGAUUUUCUGGGCAAACACUCUACGAAUCUUGGACCAUGUCUUGCUUCAACGUUAUUUUCACUAUUCUACCGCCUAUGGUGAUUGGUAUUUUUGAUCAGUUUGCAGCAGCACGGUUGCUCGACAAAUAUCCUCAAAUGUAUAUGCUUGGCCAAAGCAACGAAUUCUUUAACCAAAAGCGAUUUUGGGGCUGGAUUCUAAAUGCCGUAUAUCAUUCUGCUUUAUUAUUCUUUAUUGGUAUGGCAGCAUUCAUGAAUGAUGCCGACUUUGAGAAUGGAUGGACAGGAGGUCACUGGUGGGUCGGUACAACCAUUUUUUCGGCUACACUUGCGACUAUCUUGUACAAGGGAGCGCUUAUUACAGACAUGUGGACAAAGUAUGCUAUGAUUGCCAUUCUGGGAUCAUUAGUGAUCUGGUUUGUCUUCUUACCGUUUGUUGCUUAUGUGGGCCCCAUGCUUCCAUGGGGCAUUUUCCUCGAGUACGUGGGUAUCGUGCCUCGUCUAUAUGGCAAUGUCAAUUACUGGCUGUUUGUCAUUCUAGUCCCUUUCGUAUGCAUUUUGCGCGACUACCUAUGGAAAUACUAUAAACGCAUGUAUCGAACUCGAAGCUAUCAUUACAUUCAAGAAAUUCAGAAACUCAAUUUGCCUGAUUAUCGACCACGUAUGGAUCGAUUCCGACAAGCUGUCAACAAGGUUCGCAAGAUCCAGCGUCUCAAGCAAUCUCGAGGUUACGCAUUCUCUCAAAGCGAUACAGACCAGGGUAAAAUCAUUAGAAUGUACGAUACAACCCAACAAAAACCCACGGGUUAA